ACUCAGUAGCCCAUCCAGCAUCAGGACAUCUGCUGUCCUCAUCGCAUCCUAACAAAAACACAGAAGCAGCCAUGCACCUCUGCGCGCAAGCGGCGCGUCGCUCCAUCUUCCUGCUCUGCAUCCUCCUGAAGAGCUGCCAAGCCGUGAAAAAUGACGCCACGGAGCAGAUGUUCUCGCACGUGAGCCUCGCGCCGGUUCCGGAGCUGCAAAACAACGCGUCCCUGAACCGCGCGCGCACCGGUGGAAGAGGACAGGGCGGCGGGGCGGCGGCGCAGGAGCGAGACGAUCGAAGUCAGAUUGGCUGCAGAGAGCUGAGGUCCACAAAGUACAUCUCUGAUGGCCACUGCACCAGUGUCAACCCCAUCAAGGAGCUUGUGUGUGCAGGCGAGUGCCUCCCAGCUCAGAUGCUUGAGAACUGGAUUGGCGGGGCCCGUGGCAGGAAGUUUUGGGCCCGCCGAAGCAGCAGCCACGACUGGCGCUGCGUCAACGACAAAACCCGAACCCAACGCAUACAGCUGCAGUGCCAGGACGGCAGCACAAGAACUUAUAAGAUCACCGUGGUCACCUCCUGCAAAUGCAAAAGGUUCUCAAGGCAGCACAACGAGUCCGGCGGCAAGUUUGAGGACCCAGCCCUGGUGCAGCCAUCGCUCCUCCACAGACACAAAUCCAAGAACAAGAAGAGGUUGGGCAAGACCCGGCUGAGGGAGAACUGGCAUGAGACUGAACCUUAAAAUCUGAAAGGUUGUUCAGAUUGACUCUGAAAUAUCCAUGGGAGGUUUCUCCUUUUGACAUUUGGAAGUUGUGGUUGUGGAUUAUCUUUCUGUGACUUUGACUUCACUUGCUCCUUAGCUAAGAAGAAGGCUUCAAAGAGGAUUGUCAAAUACUUUUGAUUUAAAAAUGUGAACAGAAGUGCAUUGUGCAGGCUGGAGAACUCUAGUUACUACAACACAUUAUCCCAUGUGGGCUGUGCAUGCAUUCCUAUAUCCAUUCUGUGUAAUUAUGGAGAUCUGCAGUUAACUAGCAGAAAUAAAUCCUUUAAAUCAUUACCUGUAUAUAGUUGUACAUACAUGGAAUUCCUACUUUCAUUUAGAACUACGGUUGUUUAUAAGAUUUUUCUAUGUAAGAAAUAUGAUGUCUGAUGUAAUAUAUUUUUGUUGCAAUAUACCUGAGAAUCUCGCUUGUUUAUUGUUUUGAAAAAACAAAAUACUUGUUAUAACUUUAUGCUGA